UUUUUAAUAGGAAAGCAAUUAUUCUUCAUCAAUAAUUAAGAGAUUGUUAUAAACUUAAAAUAUUGGUGAAGAAUGAAAUAUUUUAAACUGUCCGCGAAAACUUGAAUCGGGUGUAUGUGAUCUAAACUGCAACUGUAGUGACGCGUAGUGAGUAGAUUCCACACUAAAGAAUACAAAGUUAAUACCACCAUCACCACACCACUAUGAUUGACUAUGACCCACUAUGGACACUAUGAUGUAUCGUAUAUAAGUGUUUCAUAAUAAAGAAAAUAGAGUGACCAGAGAAAAGGCAAAAAGUGGGAAAAAUGUCGAGACGUCCGGAACAUUUAGCUCCACCCGAAGUGUUUUACAAUCAGUCUGAAGCUCGAAAGUACACACAAAGCUCCCGAAUAAUAGAUAUACAGGAAGAAAUGUGCAGACGUGCUAUAGAGCUUCUUUUGUUGCCAGAAGACAAAACUUUUUUACUUCUAGACAUUGGUUGUGGUUCCGGUUUGAGUGGCAGUGUUAUUGAAGAAUAUGGCCAUGUAUGGGUUGGGAUUGAUAUAUCGCCCGCAAUGUUAGGUGUAGCUUUAGAAAGGGAAGUCGAUGGUGAUUUAAUUUUGGGAGAUAUGGGUCAGGGAAUGCCAUUCAAAGCAGGAGGUUUUGAUGGGGCAAUUAGCAUUUCUGCUUUACAAUGGUUAUGCAAUGCUGAUAAACGUUCGCACGAACCGUCAAAACGUGUAUAUAAAUUUUUUUCUACGCUGUACUCAUGCUUAUCAAGAUCCGCUAGAGCUGUGUUUCAGUUUUACCCUGAAAAUAAUGAACAAAUCGAAUUAGUUACAACACAAGCUACGAAAGCAGGUUUUUAUGGUGGUGUGGUUGUAGAUUUUCCCAAUAGUACAAAGGCAAAAAAAUUCUUUUUAGUUCUAAUGACUGGUGGACCUGCAGUUCUUCCACAAGCUUUAGGUGUAAAUGACACUGAUACAGUCAUUUCUUAUGCAUCUAGAAGGGAACAAAUUAAAAAAGCUAGAGGUAAACCAUUGAAGAACAGUAGAGACUGGAUUGCAGAAAAGAAAGAAAGACGACGGAAACAGGGGAGAAAGGUCCGAGAAGAUUCAAAAUACACUGGAAGGAGAAGAUCUGGUAGAUUUUAGUAGACAUAUUUUAUAUGUGUAACUUUUAUACAAUACAACAGUCACGUUUCUAUCUUUAAAUAUAAACACGGAGCGUUCAAA